CAAAGUCAAUAAAGUUGAUUUUUUUUUAUCAAAAUCUUAUCAAAAAAUCAAAAAUCAAAAUUUUUCAAAAAUUUCUUCGUAAAUUUCAGAAAUUUUUUAAUAAAUUCGUAAUUAUUGUAUAAUUUCUUGCAGUACAUAACCACUAAAAAAGCCGAUCUUGUACCAUAUCUCCAUCUUCUAAGAACACUAGUCAGCUAAAGUCUCACCCCAACAAACGAUUUUUGGAAACAAGAUUGCAAUAUCAAUAUAAAGAUGACUCUGCCUAUGUUGAAUACCAAAGUAUUAGUCACUAUACUCGAUAAAAUCACCGCCACCGAAGGAGUAGACGAUGCUGUAAUUUUGAGUAAUUCCGGAGAAGUGCUCGCUUACAGCGGAAACGACGAGAAAAAGUUUGUAGACGUAGUCAGCGCUAUCACUAAUAAUAUGUGGCUUGUGCUACAAAAUUCCGGUGAAGCUGCCUUAAAUGAAGAUUACUUGGAUUAUGUUCUCAUUCAAUGCACAGAAGGCAAAACUAUUAUAAGGAAGAUGGCAGAUUUUUUGUUAUGUAUUCGUGCUCGAGGAUGUAUUGGCAGCGGGCUGCUCAAAAAGAAAUCGCAAAUAUUGAAAGAAUAUUUCGAACAACCUUUGAAAGAAGUUGGCUAUUCUUAACAUGUUUUCAAUUAAUUAUUCCAUAUUCCUUACCUAUUUUUUUGUAUUCACUUGUAUGUAUGAAUCGUCUAGCUACGUAUCAUGUAAAAUGUUCUUACGUCGGAUUUCAGAGUUGAUUUUCUAGUUAUUUAUUAUUGGUAUCGUUUUUUAUGCGCAAUGUGCGUGUGUGUUAUGUAUUUGUGUUAUCGUGGCAUUUUUUUCAUAAUUUAUAACCAUUUCAAUAAUAUAUCAUCGUGUAUUUCUUAUUGAAAUCAUGUAUUUUUUUUUGUA